AUGUCGGAGAUGCAGCGCUGGCGGCGCUUCCAGCCCCACUACCCAAAGCGUAUUCCCUGGCUAUAUAUAGGCAGGAGGGAAGUGCCAGCUGUGCCCCAUGCUGGGGCUUGUUCUGGGCGGGAGCAAUGCUGGGCGCUGGGGUGGGGGCGGCUCAUCCAUCUCCUCUCCAUUUCAGGCCUGGUGCUUUUUGACGGUGUGGGUGCCGAUGCCAAUGUGACGGCUGGCGGCCUGCCCUGUGGCCCCCCAGAAAAUUGCACAGGCGGCGUGCCACAGUUGCGGCGGCGGGGCCACUUCUCCCGGUGCCCGGAGGAGUACCAGCACUACUGCGUCAAAGGGCGAUGCCGCUUCCUCGUGGCCGAGCAGGCGCCGGCAUGCGUGUGUGAGCGUGGCUACACAGGUGCCCGGUGCGAGAGGGUGGACAUCUUCUACCUGCGAGGUGACCGGGGCCAGAUUGUCAUCAUCUCCCUCAUCGCGGCCGGUGCCGCCCUUGUUGUCCUUGUCAUCUGUGCCUGCCUCUGCAGUCGUCGCUACCGGAAGCAACGUCGGAAGAGAAAGGAAGAAGAAAUGGAGACACUGAAUAAGCCUGGGCCUGCCAAGAGCGAGGAUGUGCUGGAGACGGACGUCGCGUGAGGGAGCCGGGAGCCUUGGGGCUGGGACAGACGGGCAGAGCCAAGCAAGAGCCUGAGGAGCUGCAGCCGCACUGAGCGGCCAGGACCAACCAAGCUGGACAAAGCUGAGCAGGCCCUGGGCGAGAGAGCUGCAGCCGUGUCAAAGUCACUGGAUGGGGCCGAGCAGGCACCAGGUGCUGGGCCGUGGCACUGCCACCACUGGCAGCAAGAGCUGGAGCAGUGGCAGCCACACCGGAGCACCGCGUGGGCUGAGACCGGGGAUGAGGCCUUGCUGCAGCCACCGACACCGUUGAAAAGCCUGCGCGGGGUGAUGCCUGUGCCAGGGAGCCACUGCCGGCUCCUGCCCUCCAGCGCGGGGCCCCGCGGGAGUGACCCAGCUGGGAAUCAGCUGCUGUUCUGGGGAAGGGGGUCACUGGGUUCCGCUGGGGCAGCCCCAAGCCCCUGUGCAGGGAAGGGGCAGUGAGCGACUGGCACAGGGGCGUUGGGAUGAUGACAAGCAACCAGUGCACGAAUACUGAACCAUAGGCAAACGACAAGCGCACAAACAUUGAACUGGGGACGAGCGACAAGUUCCUGGGCAUUGAAUGAUGUAGACUAAUGAGCUUGUGAAUAUUAAAUGAAGUUGACCAACUUG